AUGCCUGCGACAACAGAGAAUAAUCAAGGUUCUUUUCUGGGUCGAAUAAGCAUUCGAAGAAACCAAGUGAUGUCAAUGGACGGUAACCACGAUCAAGAGCUAGAAGACCUCGAGCUUUUCCAAAAGCACGUUGGUGACCGAUUCACCGAUCUCUUAUCAUCCACGACGGAGGACCCCACCGGCGAUGCCCUUCUUUCCAUCGCGUGGCUCCGAAAGCUCCUCGACGAGUUCCUCUGCUGCGAAGCCGAAUUCAAAGCCGUUCUCAUGAUGGGUCGCGACCCUUCUCAGAUCUCGAAGCCACCCCUCGACAAGCUCCUCCCUGAAUUCCUCGACCGCGUCGUGAAAUCCCUCGACGUCUGCAAUGCCGUCACCCUCGGCCUCGACGCCGUCAAGAAUCUCCAGAGGCUCGCCGAGAUUGCGGUCUCCGCUUUAGAACAGAGGCCAAUCGGCGACGGCCAAGUUCGCCGCGCUAAAAAGGCGUUGAAUUCCCUCGUCACGGCGAUGAUGCACGAAGACGGAAACACGAAAGGAACCGAGAGAAGCAGGUCGUUUGGGAGAAGAGGUGGUGGAAAUAACGCCGCCGCGAAUAAGGACCGUGGCGCGGGGAGUUACCGAUCUCUGUCGUGGACCAUGGCGAAAAACUGGUCCGCUGCGAAACAAAUCCAUGCCAUGUCUUCCAAUCUCGCUGCGCCACGUGGCGGUGAGUCAUCUGGUUUGGCUUUGCCUGUUUAUAUAAUGAGUACUGUGUUGGUGUUUGUUAUGUGGUCUCUCGUUGCGGCGAUUCCGUGUCAGGAGAGGAACGGGUUGGCGACUCAUUUUCAGCUUCCGAGGCAAUUGGGCUGGGCCCAGCCCAUAAUUGGGUUGCAGGAGAAGAUUGCGGAGGAGUGGAAGAAGAAAGAGAAGAAAGGCUCUGUGGGAUUGUUGGAAGAGAUGCAGAGGAUGGACAAGCUGGGACAGUCACUCGUUGAGUUUGCUGAAUCGUUUCAGUUUCCAGCGGAAACGGAACGGUUGGAAGAGGUUAAGGCACAGGUUGAAGAGUUGGGUGAUAUUUGCAGGAAGAUGGAGGAAGGGUUGGAACCUUUGCAGCAGCAGAUUAGAGAGAUCUUUCACAGGGUUCUAAGGAGCAGGACUGAGUUUCAUCUUGCGUUGGACCAAACUGGGAAAUUGCCUGCACCCACUGUGUAAACAAAGUUCAAUAACACAACAGCUCCUUCCUUUUUUUUGUUUUGUUUUUGUUUUUUUUAAUCCCAUUUCAGAUUUUGGCUCCUUUUGGGGUUAAUUUUAUGUUUCUUUUCGAGAUACGGAAAGCCUAGUGAUCCUAAGAAAGCUUAAUUUGUUAUUGUCUUCAUUAACUAAAUUAGGGCUCUCUCUCUCUCCUUUAGCCUGCGAUGUACAUCAUUAUAGGUUUUGUUUUAUUUGCUUAAGGAGGAUGACUGCGCUCACUAAUUUGUGGUG